UUUCUCCUUCCCCCUCUUUCUCCUCUCGCUCUCUCUCCCUCCUCACCCUCUCGCCGCGGAGCCAUUCGAUUCCUCUCCCCACCACCACCACCACCUCGCGAAUCGCUGCCAUUUCGCCAAUUCCGGCGCCUCCCCACCCCCCCUAGGGUUUCCGCGGCGGGCUCCCGGCAGCGCGUCGCGUCGCGCUCCCGACGACGGCCGGAGGAGGAGUGGCUCUGACGGCGGGGGAGGUGCAGGAGGAGGAGGAGGGUGGUGGUGGGGGGAGAGCAGUGUGUGGCCGACGAGUUGGGUGUUUUUCUUUUUUUUUUUUGAUGAGGUUGUGGUAGGAGAGGAGGGCAGUGUGGUGCGUUGGAGACGGCGGCGGCGUUGGCGGAGAUGUUUUUCACGAGGCUGGAUGACUCGCCCAUGUUCAGGAAGCAGAUACAAUCACUGGAGGAAGGUGCUGAAUUGUUGAGAGAGAGAUGUUUGAGGUUUCAUAAAGGUUGUCGCAAAUACACUGAAGGACUAGGGGAAGCAUAUGAUGGGGAUAUUGCAUUUGCAAGUUCUUUGGAAGCAUUUGGUGGCGGUCAUAAUGAUCCAAUCAGUGUUGCUUUUGGAGGCCCUGUCAUGACCAAAUUUACAAUUGCCUUGAGAGAAAUUGGAACUUACAAGGAAGUAUUGCGGUCACAGGUUGAGCAUAUGCUAAAUGACAAGUUGGUGCAAUUUGUGGAUAUUGAUUUGCAUGAUGUGAAGGAUGCCCGGAAGCGUUUUGACAAGGCUAGCCUUCUCUAUGACCAGGCUCGUGAGAGGUAUUUAUCCUUGAAGAAAGGCACACGGACAGAUGUAGCAACUGCAGUAGAGGAUGAGCUCCACAGUGCCAGAUCUUCAUUUGAGCAAGCUCGUUUCAACCUGGUGACUGCACUUUCAAACAUUGAGGCAAAGAAAAGAUUUGAAUUUUUAGAGGCUGUCAGUGGGACAAUGGAUGCACAUCUUCGCUAUUUCAAACAAGGAUAUGAACUACUACAUCAGAUGGAACCAUAUAUCAAUCAAGUUCUUUCUUAUGCACAGCAAUCAAGGGAAAGGUCUAACUAUGAACAAGCUGCUCUUGUAGAGAGGAUGCAGGAAUUUAAAAGGCAAAUUGAUCGGGAAAGUCGUUGGUCACCGAAUGGCAUAAACAAUUCCCCUAAUGGUGAUGGAAUACAAGCAAUUGGUAGAAGUUCACAUAAAAUGAUUGAGGCAGUGAUGCAAUCAGGUUCAAAGGGCAAGGUACAGACCAUUAGACAAGGCUAUCUCUCAAAGCGAUCUUCAAACUUGAGAGGUGACUGGAAAAGAAGGUUCUUUGUUCUUGAUAGCCGAGGAAUGUUAUAUUAUUAUCGCAAGCAGAAUAGUAGACCAUCAAGUGGUUAUACUAACCAACGAAGUAGCACUCCAUCAGAGCAUGGUUCUGGGUUGCUCAGCAGGUGGUUUUCUUCCCAUUAUCAUGGUGGAGUACAUGAUGAGAAAUCUGUAGCACGACAUACUGUGAACUUGCUAACAUCAACCAUUAAAGCUGACGCAGACCAAUCGGAUCUGCGGUUCUGCUUCAGAAUAAUUUCUCCCACAAAAAAUUACACUUUGCAGGCAGAGAGUGCGAUGGAUCAGAUGGAUUGGAUUGAAAAAAUAACUGGUGUCAUCGCUUCUUUGCUGAGCUCUCAAUCGCCUGAACGGCGUCUUCUGCUGAGCCCAAAGGGCAGCGGUCAUAAUCGAACUGCCAGUGAAAGCAGUUCUUUCAGUAGCUCUACAGAACUUGACCAUUCCAUAAGUGAAGACUGCAUGAUGGAAAGGAACCCAGGAAGUGGUUAUUUUGAGCACUCUGGCAGAACCACACAGCAUCAUCGAACCAACAUGAAACCUGACAAGCCAAUUGACUUGCUUAGGAAAGUGGUUGGCAAUAAUAUUUGUGCUGAUUGUGGUGCUGCAGAGCCUGAUUGGGCAUCCCUAAACCUUGGAAUUCUUCUCUGCAUAGAGUGUUCAGGGGUGCACAGGAAUCUUGGUGUGCACAUAUCUAAGGUAAGAUCUCUGACACUUGAUGUCAGGGUUUGGGAGCCAUCUGUAAUCAAUCUCUUCCAGUCAUUAGGAAACACAUUUGCCAACACUAUCUGGGAAGAGAUGUUGCCUUCAUCAAACAGUGUUGAUCAUGGUGAUAUUUCAAGGGCUGACGGACUUGAAAACACAUCACGUAACUUGAUUUUCAGCAAGCCUAAACAUUCGGAUCCUAUUGCUGUGAAGGAGAAAUUUAUUCAUGCAAAGUAUGCUGAACGGGAUUUUGUUCAAAAGCAUAAUAUGGAUGAUAGCCUGAUAGCUCAACAGAUGUGGGAUAAUGUAAGUUCAAACAAUAAGAAGGGGGUUUACAGUCUGAUUGUGGGGUCAAAUGCCGAUGUAAAUUUAACUUAUGGGCAGACAUCAUUUAACUCGGCCCUAACUCUCGGAAAAGCUCUACUAUUACAAGAGCAGCCAGCCUCACCGUCAGAUGGAAGUUCGAGAUGUUUUGAUCGUAGUUCACUUGAAAGGAUUUCUCCCAGGGACUCUCUUUCUCCUGCCAGCACAAGUGCACGAAUCGAUGAAUUGGAUGAUUGUGUUGAUGGAUUGUCAUUGCUUCAUCUAGCAUGCCGCGUUGCAGACGUUGGCAUGGUUGAACUUCUCUUGCAAUAUGGUGCCAACGUAAAUUCUACAGACUCUAGAGGUAGAACACCUCUUCAUCACAGCAUCUUGAAAGGAAGACACGUGUUUGCAAAGUUGCUACUAUCCAGGGGUGCUGAGUCACAAGCCAUGGACCGAGAUGGUAGAACAGCAUUACAGUACGCUAUUGACAGUGGAACUAUUGAUGACGAAGAGAUUCUUGUUUUGUUAGAAGACCCAAGUAGAUAAUCCAUUAGCUACCCAUACCUUCAGCUCAGCAGAGCAAGCUUUGUGUGCUCAGAUGCCUCCUCCAUGCCACAGUCAACUGCCACAGCUCCAAGUUUGUGUUGCCGAUGAUCACAAUCUGUCAUGAGAACAGUAUGAUGUUCUGGAGCUGCAUUGUGCCGCCUCGUUUUUCGGGUCUCGCCUUAGCGUGACGAGCGACCGACCCCAUUUCCUUGUGGUUGCAGUUUGCAAAGCUCUUUUGGUCUUCCUCUUUCUUUCUGUUUUUCUUUUUCUUUUUUGUUUGCAGAUGAUGCACUGUGAGUUUGUACAUUGCAUUGGCCCCAACCCCCAACAUGAAGUUGCUGCCCUUCUGAUGACAGAUGAUGAUGUACAUAGAGUGAUUCCAUGUACCACUUAUGAUUUUCCUGCAAGCAUUGCUAGUUUGGUGAAAAUUGAAAAUUCAUGCACUUCUCUCCUGCCGACACGUGGCACCCCUAAUUGUCAUGUGACUGCCCAAGCUACAUUGCAGCUACAACGAUCUGAAUGCCUGCAGCUCAGAAUACAGUGUCA